AUGGUGCCUCGAGCAAACGGAGGGCGCUUGGCGUCGGUUGAUCGAUCGGUCUCCCUAGCCGUCGAUGGCAGCUGCGUGUAUGCUCAGGAUCGUAGGUCCCGUUCGUCUCUCGCCACACACCAUGCCGCGAUUUUUUUUCCUCCAGCUGUUAUGUCGCCCGUCGCAGCAGCACCAUCCGCAGUCGCAACAUCGGCUUGCCGCUCUCAGCAGAGCUCCGCGCUUGCUUCUUUGGCAUUUUCGACGGUGCUCCUCCAUCAAUUGUUACGUUGCCCAUGA